GUCAUACAAUUUCACUUACAUCCCCUCUUUACAAUUCCCUUCUCUCUCUAUCCAACUUGGUUACCUUUGUUUGCUUCUCUUUGUUUUCUUCUUGCUUUCACUCCAUAUGGAACCCCAGCAACAGCAAAACCAACAAGCUCCAAAUGAGGAUUGUGGUGGUGGCAGCGGCAAAGGAAGCUUUCUUUGCAGGCAAAGUAGUGCACGGUGGACUCCUACCACUGACCAGAUUAGAAUAUUGAAGGACCUUUACAACAAUAAUGGAGUUAGGUCCCCGAGUACUGAUCAGAUUCAAAGGAUCUCUGCUAGACUUAGACAGUACGGAAAAAUCGAAGGCAAGAAUGUCUUUUAUUGGUUUCAGAACCACAAGGCUCGUGAGAGGCAGAAGAAAAGGUUCACCACCACGACUAAUCAUCAAGUCCCCAUGCAAAGCCCUACCACUGCAGCAAAUAACAAGUAUCCCAACAUAAGUCCUGGUUAUUCUCCUACAUCUCUUUCUUCAACUGGUGCUCUUACUGUUGGGCAGAUAGGAAACUAUGGCUAUGGGUCUAUAACCAUGGAAAAGAGUUUUAGGUUAAGUGCUGAUUGCUCAAUAUCAGCAUGUGGUGGUAGUACAAGUGUAGGCGAAUCCCUGAGUCACAACUUUGGAUGGGUUGGGUUCGAUCCUACUUAUUCUUCGUCCUACACAUUCUUUGAGCACAAAAAAUUCAUGGAAGAGAGACAAAAAGAUGAAGAUGAUGCAGAAGAAGAAGCUGCUGCUCCACAAAUUGAGACCCUCCCUCUCUUUCCCAUGCACAGUGAAGACGAUAAUGGUUUUUGCAGUAAUAUUAAGCCCAGACUAGACAGCUGCUACUCUGGGUGGUACAAGUCUGAAGAUGGCUACACUGGUUCUCGUGCCUCACUUGAGCUCAGCCUCAACCCAUAUGCAGGCAGAUCACAAGAUUCUAUCUGA